AUGCCUCCGAACGCAACGGAUACCGAUUUCAACGCUGAUCCUGAGAUUAAUAUCAAUAAUUCAAAGCAUAUUAAUCAUGGACAGCAAAUUACUAAAGAAAAUACUAACAAUUAUGCUUUGAAUAUAUUCCAAUCUUCAAUGAAUCUGCUUGCUCAUAUAUUAAUUGGAGCUGUAGUAGGAGUUUCAAUUAUUUAUUCGUUUCGAGGCGAACUCAGUGCGUUUUAUCUACAUAUUGUUUUGUGUGUGAUCGGCUAUCAACUACUAAUGGCCGAAGCAAUCAUCGGUUUAUGUCCUAACAGCGGAUGGGCCGAUAGUCUUACAUUCGUAGACAAACGCAGAGCACACACAGUAAUGCAAGUUGUAGGUUCUGCUCUUGCUAUUGCUGGUAGUAUAAUAAUGGCAUUAACUAAAUCUGUGAACUGGGACACUUUACAUGGCCAAUUUGGUCUGGUAGCUAUGGUGUUUACUGCUGUGAGUCUCGUGAACGGAUUAACAUCGCUCUAUGCCUAUGAGUUUCGCAAAUGUCUCUCCGGAAACCUUUCUAAGAUCACACAUAUCUGCUUCGGUAUUGUAGCGUUCGUUACAUCCGGUAUCUCCCUCUGCUACGGUUUUGACAAGGGUGGUUUUAGAAACUGGGCAACACCUCCCCUAGCAUACACCAUGAUGGGUUUCACAGCCUGUUUCACAUUUAUAAUCAUUAUUAAUCCUACAAUCACAUUCUUCAACAAAUCUAUACGCGUAUUUAAAUGA